AAACUCUCUAGCUGGGUAGUGCUCUUCUCUCACCCCUCCGACUUUACUCCGGUGUGUACCACCGAACUAGGACGAAUAGCGGUGCAUCAGCCUGAAUUUGCUAAGCGUAAUGCCAAGUGUUUGGCGCACUCUGUGGACGAGUUGAACUCGCAUGUGGACUGGGUUAACGACAUCAAGUCGUACUGCCUAGAUAUUCCCGGCGAGUUCCCUUAUCCCAUUAUUGCUGAUCCCACACGCGACUUGGCUGUCUCCCUGGGCAUGUUGGAUGAGGAUCAGAAGAAGGAUCCCGAAGUCGGCAAGACCAUUCGUGCGCUCUUCAUCAUCAGUCCCGACCACAGAGUUCGCCUAUCCAUGUUCUAUCCCAUGUCCACUGGCCGCAAUGUUGAUGAGAUACUUUGCGUGUGAUUGCUCUCUGCAUGACCGAUCGCUUCGAGGUUCAGCUCGCCGCCAAUGGACACGCACCAAAUCAUGAUUUUGACCCUGUACGAGAGUGAGGCCACAGCUUUCCCAGGGCUUGAUAAGUCUCAUGCCAUCCGCGUUAACUAUGUGCGCACCACUGAAAAUUACUAGAUGGAGAUUGCUUUUUUAUUUUUUUAUAUAUCAUAUCAGAUUAUCAGUUGUUGUUGUUGGAGUUGAAGAAACAUACAUUU